AUGGUGGUUUUCCGUAGUUUAGAACACAACCCUGGACUUGAAGGACAUGGAGCAGUUCAAGGGUCCCGCGAAGGCUCAGGGAGCGCAGGGGGGUCUGUUCCUUCAUCAGCGUUCGCUGGCGGGGCUGCUCGACCAGGAUGGCGCUCUUGUGAAGUGGCAGUGCGCCGGGAGAAGCUGAAGCUGUCUCAGAGAGCAGAGCGGAUGGGCCAAGCACCAGUGACGGGACCAAGGAAGCUGCAAGAAAUCCGGGGCCUUCGCGGUGGGUGGUGGCAAAAGGAAGCACAGAGCACGCAGCAGCUGUGGCUCAAGUCGUUGCUGCUCAACGUCAGAUACCACGAGCAAGCGGGGAUCGAGGGGCGUCGAGGGGGGUUGAGGGCCAAGGGGGAGGUCCAGAUCACCAGCGGCCUUGGAACCCUUUUCGCCUUCUGUGGCGUCGUCGUCUGGAAGGAAGACUUCAACCUCAUCCGACGACUGACCCACCUUCUUCGUGCUUCCCACGGCCCUGGAGCUGGCUACAGACGACGGAAACGGCUCGGCAUUGGUCCUGAAGAAGAAUUGAAUCUUUCUUUGGUGCUUCGAAAGGGAGCCACCUCACCCACCGGUCCACGGUUCACAACAAAGCUUAGAGGCAGUCCGCAAGAUUCCCAGUCAAUUGGGCUCUCACGGUGCCACAACAACAAAAUCGAGAUCCAAGGUCCCGUCAUUGCCAUGAAAAAUACGGAAAUGCGUCAUUCACGUAUGUGGCUUGCCCUUCAGUUUCGCGAGCCCGAAGGUCCGCCACCCUCGAGCUUUCAAGCUGCAACAGUGUAAUCCAAACUUAGUCUCUUUUUUGCUGAGUGGCCGUUGUGGAUUUUGGUAUUGACAUCACUACCAGCUUUUGUGUCUGUUGUGGCUACCAGUAGUAUUCAAACGUCAUCUCUAUUUUUACCGCAAGCGUUUCACGGGGC